AUGUUAUCUUUAUUACUAAGAAAUACAUCAAGAAAUAGACAAUUAGUUAGAUGUUUAUCAAGAGCAUCUAGUCCACAAAGAUUUAGUCAUUAUAGCUUUAACUAUCAAAACAAUAAUAAUAAUAAUAAUAAUAGUAAUAAUAAUAAUUUCAAUUAUAAAAAAAUAUUAACAUAUGGUAUUGUAGGUAUUGCAUUAGCUGUACCAUCAAUUGUAUUAUGCCAAGAAUGCUUUGACGAAGAUGAAGAUUUUAUUACUCAAAUUAAAACUGGUUUUAAAUUCCCUAAAAUUUUAAAUAAAGAUCAAAAUAUAUUAUUUAAUAUUGUCAAUAUUGGUAAUAGAAAAUUAUCAUUCAUUAAUAUAAAUGUUUAUUCAUUGGGAUUCUAUAUUAAUCAAGAACAUGCUCAAACCAAAUUAAGUGAACAUGUUACAAAGAGUAAAGAAGAGUUUUGUAAUGAUAAAGAAAGUAUUAAACAAGAGAUUUUAGAUAAAGGUAUUGGUGUAUCAUUAAAAAUUAGACCAAAUAGAAAGGUAACAUGGGGUCAUAUUUAUGGUGGGUUCCAAAGAGCUUUGAUUGUUAUGUUAUUAAAGAACUACAAUAUGACAUUGGAGGAGAUCGAGCCAAUGAUGUUAGAACUUAAAGAAUCAUUAAAACCACAUCAAGAGAUUUCAACAAGCGAACAAAUCGAUUUUGUUAAAAAAGAUGGCGAUUCACCAUCACUCAUCAUUUUCUUUAACGAAAAACCAGUCAAAGAAAUCAAAGAUAAACGUUUAGCCAAUUGUUUCUUUGAUUUUUAUUUAGGUCAAAAUAGCAAAGCCCCAGAAGCCACUAAAGAAUUCUACGAAAAUCUUUGGAAUAUUUUUAAUAAUAAACAAGAUCAUCACCACCACCAAUCAACAUUGUCCCCAAUUUAA